AUGUCGGCCCUCGCUACCCUGUUUAAGUAUGUGGAUGAAAAUCAGGAUCGCUACAUCAAGAAGCUUGCGGAAUGGGUGGCCAUCCAGAGUGUAUCUGCGUGGCCUGAGAAGAGAGGGGAAAUCAAAAAGAUGAUGGAAGUGGCCGCUGCGGAUAUCAAGCAGUUGGGCGGCUCCGUGGAACUGGUGGAUAUUGGAAAACAGAAGCUCCCUGAUGGCUCAGAGAUACCACUUCCUCCCAUUUUACUUGGCAAGCUGGGCUCCGACCCCAAAAAGAAGACAGUGUGCAUCUACGGCCACCUGGACGUGCAGCCGGCAGCCCUGGAGGAUGGCUGGGACAGUGAGCCCUUCACCCUGGUGGAGCGAGACGGCAAGCUAUACGGGAGAGGUUCGACUGAUGACAAGGGGCCAGUGGCCGGCUGGAUGAAUGCCCUGGAAGCCUUUCAGAAAACAAAUCAAGAAAUCCCUGUUAACAUCCGAUUCUGUCUGGAGGGAAUGGAGGAGUCAGGCUCUGAGGGCCUGGACGAGCUGAUUUUUGCCCAAAAGGACACCUUCUUUAAAGACGUGGACUACGUCUGCAUUUCUGACAACUACUGGCUGGGGAAAAAUAAGCCCUGCAUCACCUACGGCCUCAGGGGCAUCUGCUACUUUUUCAUCGAGGUGGAAUGCAGUGACAAAGACCUGCACUCUGGAGUAUACGGGGGCUCAGUGCACGAGGCCAUGACGGAUCUCAUUAUGCUGAUGGGCUGCUUGGUGGACAGGAAGGGGAAGAUCCUUAUCCCUGGCAUCAGCGAGGCUGUGGCGCCCGUGACGGAGGAGGAGCUGAAGCUCUAUGACCAGAUCGACUUUGACCUGGAGGAGUACGCCAAGGACGUGGGAGCACAGACCCUGCUGCACAGCAGCAAGAAAGACAUCCUGAUGCACAGAUGGCGAUACCCGUCCCUCUCUCUCCACGGGAUCGAAGGUGCCUUUUCUGGGUCAGGGGCCAAGACUGUGAUUCCUAGGAAAGUGGUUGGCAAGUUCUCCAUCAGACUCGUGCCCAACAUGACUCCUGAGGUUGUCAGCGAGCAGGUUACAAAGUACUUGACAAAGAAGUUUGCUGAACUGCAGAGCCCCAACAAAUUCAAGGUGUACAUGGGCCAUGGCGGGAAGCCCUGGGUGUCUGACUUCAACCACCCUCAUUACAUGGCUGGGAGAAGAGCCCUGAAAACAGUUUUUGGUGUUGAGCCGGACUUAACCAGGGAAGGUGGCAGUAUCCCUGUGACUUUGACUUUUCAGGAGGCCACAGGCAAGAAUGUCAUGCUGUUGCCUGUGGGGUCCGCUGAUGAUGGUGCCCACUCCCAGAAUGAAAAGCUCAACAGGCACAACUACAUAGAAGGAACCAAAAUGCUGGCUGCGUAUCUGUACGAAGUGUCUCAGCUGAAGAACUGA